GACGGCCCAGAUCAUCCUCAGUAGUUUCACAUUAUUUUCAUUUCAUUAUUUAUUUAUUUUUAUUUUUAUUUUUUGUUUUACAAUCUAAACCCUUCUCGCUCUCGUGAAACCAAAGAAACCCUAGCAUUCUCUCUCAUCUCUUUCUCUCUCUAUUUUUUUUUUAAAAAUAAAAAAUAAAAAAUUAUUCAAAAAUCGACUUAGGGUUUCGGUUCCCAAUCUCAGAUUCGAACCCUAAUUUUGUUCGGUGUUGUGAUCUUGGCGGUUUGGUGGAGAAAUCGAUGUUUCGUGUUCGAUGUUUACGCUUUGAUCCAGAUCUGGAUUCUGUGUAGAAAUAUGUAUGAUGGAAUAUAAAAGUUGGUGGUUUGGGUUUGGGCUGUUUGGUUUGAGGGAUUGUUGAUGGAACAUAGCGUAGAAAACUCAGGUGGUAGUGAAAUUUCGAAGAAAUCGAGAUCUUUAGAUCUUCAGAGCAUAUAUAGAUCUAAGGUUUCACAAGAGGGUGAUAAUAAGAUCUUGAAGCGAAAACAUAGUUCAGAAAAUGAUGGGGAGGUUGAGUCGGGACAGGGGAAGAAGAAAAGUAACAGUAGAAAAGCCGUAUCUCUGAGUAGUCUGAAAUCCCUUCUUAAAAACAGUCACAAGAGUUUAGAUGAAGUGUACGCUGAUGGGUUGGGAUCGGGCUCAAGUUCAGGUUUGCCUGAUUCAAAGAAGAAAGAAUUGGGGCUGAGUCAGAAAUUGGAUGACAAUAGUGGGUUAAAUAGCAUUUCGCGUAAUUUGGAUAAUAAUGUUAUUCGAAUUCCAAAACGCCCACGUGGCUUUGUACGGCGGAGGAGAUUUGAUGGUAAUCACAUGUUGCAGCCAGGGAGGUCAUCACCAGCUAGUAGUAAAGAUGUGUUUGUUGAUCAGAUAACUAAGUUAAGUGAUGAUUCGGCCACUCGGGUUGUCCCUUUGAAAAUUAAGCGCAAAAAGGGUUUUGAUGAUUUUAAGGAAAAUAGGUCUAGUGGGUCUAGUUCAGCUCCACACUACAAGGAGGGUGAUGAGAUCAAGGUUGUAGACAAUGGCAAUUCAUCUUUGAGAAAGAGAAUGCCACGGAAGAAGCAGGUGAAAAGGAAGAAUUUGUCAUCAGAAGGUAAAAGUAUUGUGAAGGAGGAGGCGGUGCCUUUAGCUGAUAAUCCUAUUAAAAAUUGUGAUGAAGAGGAUGAGGAGAAUCUUGAAGAGAAUGCAGCAAGGAUGCUUUCAUCUCGGUUUGAUCCAAACUGUACUGGGUUUUCGUCAAAUGGCAAAGCUUCAACACCUCAAUCAACAAAUGGGCUGUCCUUUUUGUUAUCUCCUGAUCAGGAUUGUAUGAUUCACAGGAUGAAUUCUCUUGUUGGUUCUGAAUCUGCAUCUGUUGAUACUGCUGGCAGAGUAUUACGACCACGAAAACAGCACAAGCAGAAGGGUCUCUCAAGGAAAAGGCGUCAUUUCUAUGAAAUUUUCUCCAGGAACUUGGAUGCCUACUGGGUAUUGAACCGAAGGAUCAAAGUCUUUUGGCCAUUGGACCAGAGUUGGUAUUUUGGUCUUGUGAAAGACUAUGACCCAGAAAGAAAGCUUCAUCAUGUGAAGUAUGAUGACCGAGAUGAAGAAUGGAUUGACCUGCGACAUGAGAGAUUCAAGCUCUUGCUACUUCCUAGUGAGGUUCCUGGUAAGGCUGACAGGAAAAAAAUGGAAAUGGGAGAUAAAUGUCCUGAUGAUGAAAAUGAAGAAAGAAAGCACAGAAAAAGAGGAGGAAAGAGAGACUUGCCUAUGGAGGAUGAUAGCUGCAUAGGCGGAUACAUGGACUCAGAACCCAUCAUCUCAUGGUUGGCUCGAUCUUCCCGUCGGAUCAAGUCUUCCCCUUUUCACGUUAUGAAGAAACAGAAAACGUCUUACCCAUCUUCAAAUGCCGUGCCAUCACUGUUAUCUGAUAAUACUGACAGCAAUGCACAGGGGUGCCUUGAUGGCAGCUCCCUGAAAAGGGAUAAAGAUAGAUUAAAUAAUUCUGCAAUGCCUGAUGAAUUUACUGAUGCUGAAAAAAUUGAGAAGUCUGUUCCUGGAAGCACCAUUUGCUACAAAGAUGAAAAAGUUCCAAUUGUUUAUUUCAGGAGGCGAUUGAAGAGGUUCCAGGGACUGCAUUAUGUUUCUGAGGUUCACAAUGUAUGCGGAAGUGCAUCUGAGCUGGUUCCUUCACCUGUUCCUGUAAUUGAUAGGUUGGGGACUUUGGAAGAAUUCCUUCUUUCCUUGAGACAGUCUGAUCAAUUUGCGUUAUUGUGGUCCAGUGAUGGUGCUGGGUUACUAAAAUUAUCUAUCCCAAUGAUAAAUUCUAGGCAUUUCAGAUUUGAAUUCAGUCUCCCUGCACUUCCAGUUCUCAAUUGUGCAUUUGGAGCAGAGAACUUUUGGUUGUUUCACACUGUGUUGUUACAUCAGUAUGGUGUGGUGAUGCCUAAGUGGCCAAAGGUUCGUUUGGAGAUGCUUUUUGUUGAUAAUCUUGUUGGGUUGAGGUUUCUCUUGUUUGAAGGUUGCUUGAAGCAGGCUGUGGCCUUUGUUUGUCUGGUCCUGACAAUAUUCAAUCAACCUAAUGAACAGGGGAGGUAUGUUGACCUGCAAUUUCCAGUAACUUCAAUCAAGUUCAAGUUGUCUUGCGUUCAAGAUCUUCAAAAGCAGCUUGUAUUUGCGUUCUAUAAUUUCUCUAAAGUGAAAGACUCUAAGUGGUUCUACCUAGACUGUAAGCUUAAAAGAUAUUGUUUGCUCACCAAACAACUACCUUUGUCGGAGUGCACAUAUGAUAACAUUAUGGCGCUUCAAAGUGGAACAAAUCCGUUGUUUCUUACUUCUGCCUGGGGCGAGCCAGCCUCAACUGAGUGUCCGCGGAAGAGGUCUAGGCUGGGUGUUAUCCACAUGGGGGUCUCCAGAGAGUCCACUUUUGUGAAUAUGAGCCAGUCAUCUUCUAGUUUGGAUGUGAAUCAAGGAAAACUUCCUCCAUUUGCCCUAUCCUUUAAUGCUGCACCUACUUUUUUCCUGGGCCUCCAUCUCAAGCUGCUCAUGGAGCACAGAGUUGAUAGUACAUGCUUGCAUGAUCACAAUCCAACAUCCCCAAAGCAAAAUCUGGAGAGUCUGACAGAGGAUGUUACUUGGUCUGGACAGUUUUCUGGUGCUAACCCUCAGAUUGCUAAGCAGGCUCAAUCUGCAUGCAAUGAUGAUGAUCGGAUAAAUUCCUUCCAGAAAUAUGAAAACAGCAACCUUAAUGUUGCUGGAACCUCUGCCUGUUCUGAAGAUACCGGAGAAACUGGAAUAGAUGCCAUUGUCCAAUUGCAGGAGCAGCAAGGGUACCAUUCAGAGGCAGAACAAUGCAUUCUAUCUCCCCAGCCUUUGCUUCUCAAUGGCCAUUCUUCUACUGGGAAGUCCAAUGUUGGGUGCUAUUCCCGUUUGAAUGGUAUCAAUGUUCAAAUUCCAACAUUUGACCAAGUUGAGAAAUCUUUUGAUAGGGGAGCAGAUAUCAGUAUCAGCCAACAGUCUGUUGAUUUGAGUUGGAAUGUGAAUGAUGGUGUCAUUCGUAGCCCAAACCCCACUGCUCCCAGGAGUAUGUGGCAAAGGAAUAAAAAUAGUUUUUCUUCAUCGUUUGGAUACCCCUCGCAUAUGUGGUCCGAUGGAAAGGGUGACUUUUUCGGCAAUGGUUUUGGUAAUGGACCUAAGAAACCACGUACCCAGGUCUCAUACACACUGCCUGUUGGAGGUUUUGAUUUUAGCUCAAAGCAGAGAAGCCAUCACCAGAAAGGGCUUCCUAACAAAAGAAUCAGGCGGGCUAAUGAGAAGAGGUUAUCAGAUGGUUCUAGAAGCUCUCAACGAAACCUAGAAUCAUUAUCUUGUGAGGCAAAUGUAUUGAUUACAUUUGGGGACAGAGGAUGGAGAGAAUCUGGAGCCCAAGUUAUAUUAGAGCUUGGUGAUCAUAAUGAAUGGAAACUUGCUGUAAAAGUUUCUGGGGCUACAAAGUAUUCAUACAAGGCACAUCAAUUUCUGCAGCCCGGGACAGCAAAUCGAUUCACACAUGCUAUGAUGUGGAAAGGGGGAAAAGAUUGGAUUUUGGAGUUUCCAGACCGAAACCAGUGGGCGCUUUUUAAGGAAAUGCAUGAAGAGUGCUACAACCGGAAUGUUCGUGCUGCGUCAGUCAAAAACAUACCUAUUCCUGGUGUUCGCUUCAUAGAGGAAAUUGAUGAUAAUGGAACUGAAGUACCAUUUGUUCGCAAUUCUCCUAAGUACUUCCGGCAGAUUGAAACUGAUGUUGAUAUGGCUUUGGAUCCAUCUCGUAUCUUAUAUGACAUGGAUAGUGAUGAUGAACAUUGGAUUUCAAAAAUUCAAAAUUCUACAGAAGUUAACGAGGGUACCUGGGAAGAGUUCUCUGAGGAUAUGUUUGAGAAGGUGAUGGAUAUGUUUGAGAAGGCUGCAUACGUUCAACAGUGUGAUGAGUUCACAUUUGAUGAAUUAGAUGAGCUCAUGGUUGGAUUUGGCCCAACAAAAUUAGUCAGAAUCAUCCACGAGUAUUGGCAACGAAAGAGGCAGAAAAAGGGAAUGCCAUUAAUCCGACAUCUCCAGCCUCCACUAUGGGAAAUGUAUCAACAACAACUGAAAGAAUGGGAGCAAGCAAUGAUAAAAAACAACACCGUCUCCUCCCAUGGAUGGCAGGAGAAAGUUGCAUCUAUUGAGAAACCAGCCAUGUUUGCUUUCUGUCUGAAACCACGGGGUUUGGAAGUACUCAACAAGGGGUCAAAACAAAGAUCACACAGGAAAUUUCCAGUUGCAGGACAAAGCAAUGCCAAUUUGGGAGAUCAGGAUGGUUUCCAUGCAUUUGGAAGAAGAUUAAAUGGGUAUGCUGUUGGAGAUGAGAAAGCUAUGUUUCCAGGUCAUUACCAUGAAUCCUCAGAUGCUUCCCAAUUGUUUCAGUCAUCAACAAGGGUAUUUUCACCACGGGAUGCAGGUAGCACAGGCUAUUUCUCAUUAAGCAGUGAUGGAUCUGAGUGGAGUCAUCACCCUAGACUUCACAGGAACAAGUCAAAGAAGAUGGGGGCAUUUCUACCCUCUAGUGAUAUCCAGAUGGGGGCCUCAUACAGUCAUAGAACUAUAGGUAAGAGAAAUGGGGUUCAUGGAUGGAACAUGGGCUUACCUGAGUGGCCAAGUCAGAAGCAUUACCAAUUGGAAGUAUCACAGCGGCACAAUAGUGAGCUGUUGGAUGGAUCGGAUCUUGAUGAGUUCAGGUUACGUGAUGCAUCUGGUGCAGCUCAGCAUGCACUUAACAUGGCUAAACUGAAGAGAGAAAAAGCUCAGAGAUUUCUUUACAGAGCAGAUCUGGCCAUCCACAAGGCUGUGGUUGCUCUCAUGACUGCUGAGGCAAUCAAAGCGUCUUCUGAGGACUUAAAUGGUGAUGGGUAGGACCAAUGGGAGGGAGUAUGAGAAGUGGAGAGGCAAUGAAGUUGGCCAGCUCCUUAACCUGCACUGUUCUGCAGCAGUCACAUAAAGAUUUGACAUUGAAAUUGAUCUGGUUUUUCCUUUGCCAAUGGUGGUGGGCGCUUGUAUGUAGAUUCUGAAGGAACUUCCAACUUGAUGGCUGUGGGUGGUAAGGUUGGAGAAGAAACUACUGGGUCUGCCCCAUUAGUUUUCUAUGGUCAUGGUAGUUUGGUGCACAGCUUCCCAGAUCUUCUACCGACUAGGUUUUUUCCCAGCAGCAGGUUUUCCCAGUUCAAUGCAACUGUUGUACUGCUCCUGCAGGUAAGGGGUGUAUGGAAUUUUGGUUGCCGACCUUUGUACAGAAUUUUUUUUCCCCUCUUCUUGUUCCUUUAUCUUUUGACCUCAGUUUUAAGGUGUUUGAUAUUAAAGGUGCAAUUGGCCCAAAUAAUACGCUACACCCCUUGGAAUCGAAUCACAAAUUCUUCUCUUAUUGAA